AUGUGGAAUCUUGUUAACAACAUGCAAAGUAAUCUCAUCAACAAGAGAGGUAUGGCUGUGGCAGGUCAAGAGGUGCUAGAGAUUGAUGAUGCAAAAAUUGUGCAUCCUGGUGAUAUUUUCAAGAGAGGGAUAACAAGGCAAACAAGUAUCAACACUGCUUUUAAGAAGAAAGAGAAGGAUGCUACUGAUUUACAAGUUGCUGCUUGUUUUUACAACAAUGCUAUUCCCUUCAAUGUUAUAAAAGAUAUAGAAUUUAUCAAAAUGUGUGAAAUGGUUGCUGGUUUCAGUAAAGGAUAUAAGUUACCGACUUACCGUGAUAUUAGAGAUAAGUUGCUGAAGAAAAAAGUUGAGAAAACACAUAAGAUAUUAGAGGAACAUAAAAAAGAUUGGAAAAAGUUUGGGUGUACAAUCAUGACUGAUGGACGGAAUGAUGAUCAAAGAAGGACUAUCAUAAACUUUUUGGUAAAUAGUCCAAAGGGAACUUUCUUUUUAAAGUCAAUUGAUGCAUCUUCCAUUUCAAAGACAGCUCAUAAAGUUUUUCAAAUGAUGGAUGACAUUGUUGAGGAAGUGAGUGAAGAAAAUGUUAUCCAAAUGGUAACAGACAAUGCUGCAAAUUACAAGUUGGCUGGACAGAUGUUGAUGGAUAAUAGAGUAGUUUACUAA